GACAGCAGUUGGACGGGAGCAGAGGUGAAUGGGAUAGAGCGGAAGCGAGUGCGCUGGGACCAGAAAUCGGUUGGGCCGCGGCGCCGGAUUUGCCGCUCUCUCUCGGGCCAUGCCGCUACGCGCUGUGUACCUCCUGAGCGCCCCCGGCCCCCGCGGCCGGCCCCGCACCUACGUGGGAUUCACGCACGACCCGUGGCGGCGGCUGCGACAGCACAACGCGGGGCGGCAGAGGGGCGGGGCGCGGCGCACGAGCGGGCGCGGGCCGUGGCAGAUGGAGCUCUACGUGCACGGCUUUCCGUCCGACGUAGCGGCGCUCCGGUUCGAGUGGGCGUGGCAGCACCCCGCUGCCUCCCGCCGCCUCCAGGAUGCCAAGCCCCGCCCCCUUCCCGGCGAGCAGCCAAUCGCCUUCGCUCUUCGUAUGCUGCCCCGCCUACUCUGGGCCCCACCCUGGUGCCGCCUCCCGCUGCGCCUGCGCUGGCUCCGCCCCCCUCCUGGCCCCGCCCUCUGUCCGACCCCACCCCCUCACGUCGUUAUGGAAAUGAGCCCGGGAGGGCUGAAGCCACGCCCCAGGAAGCGGCCCACGCCCACUUUGGCCACGCCCCCUGUGUGCAUGCUGUGUUUGGAGCCCUGCGAGGGCCCCACCCUCCGCUGUCCCCGUCCCCCCUGCCCUGCUCGCUGCCACGCCCGCUGCCUUGCCCCACACUUCCUGGGGGCGGAGCCAAAGGAACUGCUACCACUUGGUGGGACCUGCCCCAGCUGCCAGCAGGAGGUGCUGUGGGGAGAGCUGAUUGGCUGCGGGGAUGGCGACAAUGAGUGGGCGGAGCUGGGAGACCCUGCCUUGGGCCAUUGGACAGAUGAGCUGCUGCAGUGCCAGUAGAUAGAACCUGAGUGAAGUCACCCUCUCCUCAGCUGCUUUUUAACAUAAUUUAUUCCCAAUAAAGCAAUGACUGGAACCGC